AUGUGUGGUCGUCUUGAAGGCAAAGUAGCCAUCGUCACCGGCGGUGGUUCUGGCUUCGGGCGAGGCAUCGUCGACAAGUUUACCUCAGAAGGUGCCCGAGUCCUGGCAUGGGAUAUCGACGGAUCAAAGCUCAAAGACUUUGCGUCUGGCCCGUCUGGCAGCCCAGAAGCUCUCAUCCUAGACGCCACCCUAGAACAAGACUGGCGCCUCGCACUCGCCCACGUCCUCCGUUCAUUCGGCAAGCUCGACAUCGUCGUCAACAAUGCCGGCGUCGUGCACCGCAACCAGCCGUCCGAAACGACACCAGAAGACGAAGUGGACCGGAUGUGGCGCGUCAAUGUUAAGCCGAUAUACUACAGUAGCAAGGUCAUCGUUCCGUACUUCCGUGAGGUCGGCCACGGACAAUUCAUCAACCUCUCAAGCAUAUCGACACCUCGGCCCAGACCGGGACUGGUGUGGUAUGCUGCGAGCAAAGGGGCUGUCACAGCAGCUACGAGAGGCUUGGCCGCGGAAUAUGCACCGUACAAGAUCCGGGUGAAUUGCAUACAGCCAGUCUUUGGCGAUACUGGGAUGGCAGAGAACGUCAUGGGAGGGUGUAUCACUCCUGAGAAGCAUGCUACACUGAUUAGUGGUAUUCCGCUAGGGCGAGGUGCUACGCCAGAGGAUAUAGGUAAUGCUGCCUGCUAUUUAGCCAGCGACGAAGCAAGCUUUCUGACGGGUGUAUGCUUGGAUGUGGAUGGAGGUCGUAGCUUGAACUGA